AUGCCCGUCCCCAUGAGUUCACACAACGACCCAGAAGAUGGUGAGCUAGUACGUCAGACGUCAGCGAUGAACAUUACCGAGCAGCCAUGGCUGGAGAGCACCGAAAAGCUCGAUAAGGUGCAGACCCUGAAAGAGAUUUGCUUGGGCAACUGUCGUCUGCUUUACGGCAAUAUCGUAAUCUGCGAAGAUGAAGACACCAAGAAGUUCGCGGCCAUCCUGACAUGCAAUUAUGAAGGCCAAACGAAGCUUUUGCGCACUGAACUCAGCAUGUGUCCGGUUGUCGCGGUUCGUACUAUUGUGGAUGGUCUCCAAAAGGACACAGCCAAGCUUUUUCUGAAGUACGCAGUGGGUUCUCAGAUUCGAGGACAACAAGGAUACACCGAUGUGGAAACUGGCAAGUUCGUGUUGUGGGACGUGGCACAUGACAACCGCAUCCGAGGUCCCAACGAUGAUACGCAGGGGCUUAUUCGUAGCUGGAGCGAUCUACCGGGCGCUGAGGGUCGGCCUCCAUCCGGUCCUCGUGGCGAUGGCUAUUACGGUCGGAAUAACAAACGCAUGCGGCCUGUCGAGCGCACAGAGAAGCCUAUGCCUGAGGCAGAGAUCAUUGACCUUGACUACUAUGACUAG